UUCUCACCCCCUUCCUCAUCAUCCCCAUCCAUCAUCACUACUACAUACCUACUAUUCCAUCUCUUUACCUUUCCUCCUGGACUCUCGUUUCCCAUCGUUUACGCUUUUCUUGUCCCGUUUAACAUUCAUCUAAUUCGUCUUAUUACCGAGUCGAUUAUGUUCAGGCAGAGUCUAAAGCGAUGCGCUCACUUGCGCGUCGCGACAGCUGCUCCUCUCCUCGCCCGUCAAAACCUCUCCCUCCUUACUUCCACCACCCGGUCCUCCAGGCCUACACUGCAGACAACAACAAUAAAGUUGAGCAAUCUUUUUGUCCGAUGGCACUCUGAAACUGCCGAAGCUUCUGCUUCGGAACAGCCUAUUGAGGACGUUGCUCCCUCUCAUCCUACCCGCUUCGAUGAAUUGCCUGCGCUGGGUGUGCACCCCAACCUGGUCAAGUCUAUCACCCACGGCAUGGGCUAUGAGGCCUUAUCCGAUGUUCAAUCCAAGACUAUCGUACCGGCAUUGAACGGAACAGAUUUAGUCGCUCAGGCAAAGACUGGCACCGGAAAGACCCUUGGUUUCCUUGUGCCUGUGCUGCAGAGGAUGCUACAAGAAGACCCGUCGCUUGGCACCAGGAAUGCACGCUACAACGCCCGCGCCGAUGACAUCCGUGGCAUUGUCCUGUCUCCGACACGCGAACUUGCCGAGCAGAUCGCCGCCGAGGCUGAGAAGCUGGUGGCAGGCACCGGCCUGGUCGUGCAGAGGGCGGUGGGUGGUACACAGAAGUCCCGCAUGCUUGAAAAGACGAGGAGACAGGGUUGCCACUUGCUCGUCGCCACCCCUGGUCGGUUGAAUGACCUCCUCGAGGACCCCCGCAGCGGCAUUCGCGCCCCGAACCUGGCUGCCAUCGUCCUCGACGAAGCCGACCGGAUGCUCGACGUCGGCUUCCGGGGUGAGCUCGAGGAAAUCGUGAACAAGCUGCCCGAUGUUCGGGAGAAGCCCCGGCAGACCUUGCUCUUCUCGGCCACCAUUCCCAAGGAUGUCAUUCAGCUCGCCCGGCAGUGGGUACGGGCCGACAACUUCGACUUCAUCCAGACCAUUUCGCAGGGGGAUACGCCAACCCACGAGAAGGUCCAGCAGCACAUCGUGCCGUGCCGCAGCUGGGGCAACGUGCUCCCGGCUCUGUUCGAAGUGAUUGGGAAGGAAGUAGAGAGCGCUCAGCAGCCGGGCGCGAUGCCGUUUAAGGCCAUGGUCUUCCUCCCCUCCGUGGCAUUAGUCGAUCUCGUUUCCGAAACAUAUCAUGAUGGCUUCAGAUCAACAUGUGGCGUCCCGGCUCUCAUGAUUCACUCCAAGUUGAGCCAAGCACAGCGCAGCAAAGCGUCGGACAAAUUCCGUACCAUGAAGUCCGGCAUCUUGUUCUCUUCCGACGUCACCGCGAGAGGAAUGGACUUCCCCAAUGUCAGCCAUGUCAUCCAAGUCGGUGCUCCCCCCGAUCGUGAGCAAUACAUCCACAGGCUCGGACGUACCGGUCGCCAAGACAAGACCGGCCAAGGAUGGCUCAUCCUCAGCGAGGUGGACAUUCCCAUCUGCCGGUCUGAGCUUCGCGGGCUUCCCAUCGUACCCAACCGCGAAAUUGAGUCGGCCGCGGCCGAGCUCGCCACCGAUCCCGCCGAGCGCCUCCAGAUCGUCAACACCACCAUGGACGUACUCAAGGGCGUACCCAAAAGCAGCCUGGGCGCUGCAUACAUGUCUCUCUUCGCCCGCGUCAACAGGUCAAACGCCCAAGACCGCGUCAAUGAGUUGCGGGAGUGGUUCGUUGACGGUAUGGGAUUGGAGGGGACACCGCGCAUGGCGUCGAACCUCGCUCAGAAACUAGGCUUGGGCAAAGUCACGGGACUUAACUUCGGAAACGACGAUUUCGGCAGUGGAAACAGGGAUGGAGACCGACGCCGUUCAGGUUCCCGUUUCGGUCGCGAUGAUGAUCGGAGCUUUGGUGGCAGGGACUCUCAUCGGUCCCGGGACCCCUUUGCCUCGCUUUCUUCGGAGAGCCGUGGGGGCGGAGACAGAGCCUACAAGAGCUACAGGGGUGAUCGGGGUGAUCGGGGUGACAGGAGCUACAGGGGCGACAGAGGUGACCGGGGUGACCGGGGCGACAGGAAACGCGAUCGUUACCAAGAAACGAGCUUCUAGACGAUGGUGAGAGAGAUGUUUGGCAGUGGGCUUAAUACCUGGCUUGCAAAUCCGCUCGGUUUGUGGCUAUCUACCUCACUGAUACCGCCGCACUAUCCCCCUUCAUUCAUAUGUACCAUAGAUGGCACCACGGCGUACGGUGGGACGGAGUCACAGGGAACGUUUAUUUCGGAUUUUACCUCUCUGGGACAACAGCUUAUUCGAGACCUCGAGGUAGACACUUUUCGAGGGUAGGGAGAUGGAUGAUGAGUGGCGGAUUCCACUGUACAUAUAUAUGUGUAACAAAAUUCUGUAUUUAUAGUAUGAUCUCCAGAGACCGGACCAAAACAUGGAUGGAUAUAUAUACCCAGGAAAAAAACGCCAGGUUUUCU